GCAUGCUUCAUCUUUGAGAGGAGGGAAAACAAAAGACCUCAGCGGCAGUUUUGUAUUGCUGUGUCUGGCUUAAAGAGGAGAAUUCUAGACAUCCAUGUUGAAAAAAUCAAAGCUCAACUGAGACUACUUCUAUCAAGAAAAUUAUUUUUAUCUGAGAAUGGGUUGGAUCAGUACAGGUGGUUUGAGAAGACACUGACUGAGGACCAUGGAAAGGUGGGAGAGGACGUGCGGCUUCUCUGCUUCCUUUGAACAGAGCUCUAGGCACCACAAGGCCACAUAAGGAGGGUGAAGUCCCUGGAGUGGACUAUAUUUUCAUCACUGUUGAAGAUUUUAUGGAAUUGGAGAAAAGUGGUGCUCUCCUAGAAAGUGGGACUUAUGAAGACAAUUACUACGGUACCCCGAAGCCUCCAGCAGAACCAGCACCAUUAUUAUUAAAUGUAACAGACGAGAUACUUCCGGGAGCCACUCCAAGUGCUGAAGGAAAACGGAAGAGGAAUAAAUCAGUGAGCAACAUGGAGAAAGCAAGUAUAGAGCCUCCUGAGGAGGAAGAGGAAGAGAGGCCUGUGGUCAAUGGAAAUGGAGUAGUAGUAACACCAGAAUCCAGUGAACCUGAAGACAAGAGUGCAGGUGCCUCAGAGGAGACACCCUCCCAGCCUUAUCCUGCACCAGUGUACAGUCAGCCUGAGGAGCUGAAGGAGCAGAUGGAUGAUACAAAGCCUACUAAACCUGAGGACAAUGAGGAAUCAGACCCAUUGCCUGAUAACUGGGAAAUGGCCUAUACAGAGAAGGGUGAAGUCUACUUCAUUGACCAUAACACAAAGACAACAUCAUGGCUGGAUCCACGACUUGCGAAAAAGGCUAAACCUCCAGAAGAGUGCAAAGAAAAUG